GGCUGGGCCGAGGCGACGGAGCUCCCAGAGAGCCGCGGUCCAGUCCCGCUGCUCGGCGCCUACUCUCAAGCCCCCUCUCCCAUGACCCUGGCCCCCUGCCGGACACUCCGGGAGAGGGCGGGCCAGAUCAGGGUCCCUAGGGAGGUAUAGGAGGGAGGGAGAUUGUCCUCAGACCUUGGCCCUACUCUUCUAGGAGGAUGGGCAAGGCAGAAAUGAGGUGGGGAGGCCCCUAAGAGCUGGAGGCCUGGGACCCAGGCACUGGUGCCCUGGCAGCUCCUGGGACCGUGUGGGUGCAGAGGUCUGGCCCUGGGGUGUUUGGAGCCUGCCUGUCCCAGCUGGCCUGGCCCAGCUCUGUGGCUUGGAAGCCUGAUCCCCACUCUCAAGCCUUGGCCGAUGGCCCCCCCCACCCCAGCAGCUGGACCCUGAGCACACAGGUUUCAUCGGUGCGGACACCUUCACCGGCCUGGUGCACAGCCAUGAGCUGCCCCUGGACCCGGCCAAGCUGGACAUGCUGGUGGCCUUGGCCCAGAGCAACGAGCGGGGCCAGGUCUGCUACCAGGAGCUGGUGGACCUGAUCAGCAGUAAACGCUCAAGCAGCUUUAAGCGGGCCAUCGCCAACGGACAGAGGGCACUGCCCCGGGACGGGCUACUGGAUGAGCCAGGCCUGGGUGUCUACAAGCGGUUUGUGCGCUACGUUGCCUACGAGAUCCUGCCCCGAGAGGUGGACCGCCACUGGUACUUUUACAGACACCGCAGCUGCCCACCCCCCGUGUUUAUGGCCUCAGUCACCCUUGCCCAGAUCAUCGUGUUCCUGUGCUACGGGGCUCGUCUCAACAAGUGGGUGCUGCAGACCUACCACCCUGAGUACAUGAAGAGCCCCCUCGUGUACCACCCUGGCCACCGUGCUCGAGCCUGGCGCUUCCUCACCUAUAUGUUCAUGCAUGUUGGCCUGGAGCAACUAGGGUUCAACGCGCUCCUGCAGCUGAUGAUUGGGGUGCCCUUGGAGAUGGUGCAUGGUCUGCUCCGCAUCAGCCUGCUCUACCUGGCUGGUGUGCUGGCAGGCUCCCUGACUGUCUCCAUAACCGACAUGCGGGCCCCUGUGGUGGGGGGCUCUGGUGGGGUCUACGCCCUGUGCUCGGCACACCUGGCCAACGUCGUCAUGAACUGGGCUGGGAUGAGGUGUCCCUACAAGCUGCUGAGGAUGGUGCUGGCCUUGGUGUGCACUAUGAGGAACGCCUGCGGGACCAGUGUGGCUGGUGGGUGGUGCUGCUCGCCUAUGGCACUUUCCUGCUCUUUGCCAUCUUCUGGAACAUCUUCGCCUACGACCUGCUGGGCGCCCACAUCCCUCCACCACCCUGAUGGGCUUCCCAGGGCCACACAGGCCAGGGCACAGGUGUAUGUGGGCCAGCCACCAGCAGGUGGCUGUACCGGGGCUCUGGGGGCUGGCCUGGCCUCCCUCCCACUCACUGAACAGACUGCGGACAUGUGGACAGCCUGAGCUUCCCCUUUCUCCUCUGCACUGGUAUGAGAUGUGUGUGUCUGUGUGUGUGAGAAAGAUGAAUGUGGGGAGAAGUUGGGGUCCUCACAGUCAGGUGUGAGUUCAGCAAGCAUUUACUGAGAUCCCACAGCAGCCAGCCUCCUGCUUGGACAGCCCGCCCUCCAGAGAAACCUGUGGCCUGAGGUUGCGGGCAGGUGAGCAGGCCCUGGGCCACAGCCAAGUUCAGGCAGCCUGCGUUCUGCAUUUUUUGGCUGGCAGUGGUGUCCUCAGGAAUGGCCGGGCUGGGACCAAGGCCCGGCAGCAGAUCAGGGCACAGCUUCUGCCCCACAGCCCAUGUCCAUACUGCUGUCUCCACAUGGUGAGGGGUCCACAGCCCUGAGGGACUGCCUAGGGAGGGGCAGAGGGAGGCUGGGGCCCGGGGACACUGGCCACUAGAUCCUCCCGUACAGCUCUGCAUACUGCACCCCUGCCUGCCAACGGGGCCCUCACCUCUGCUGAGGGUGUACUGCGACCACUGCGCGGUGGGACACGAAGGCUGCCGCCUCCGGAAUCCCUGCAGCCAGGACUCGUGCCCUACCAGGGUCUGGACAAGCUCGGCGUAAGGGCUGCCCUUCCCAGGGACCCCCAGCGUCAUGGACAUGGCCAUGGGCCCAUUUCACAGGCAAGGACACUAACCGGCCAGGUCCGGCCCGCGACCUCGCGGGGCGCCCAGCUCUCCCGGCUAAUCCGGUCCGGGGUGGGUUCGGGGGUCACGGGUGGUGGACCUCACCAAGCGGACCCGCACCACGAGGAAGCUCCGCCCACGCCGCCAGGCCCGGCCCCGCACGUGGGAAGCCCUCACCACCACCUUCCACGCCCGUGGCCGCUCCAGCUCGUUUCGUGUCAGGUGCUUCUCCGCUCGGCCCUCGGUGGCCGCGGGCACUCCUGUCGGUGCCUGGGGAAGGGCGGUGACGGAGACUCGGGCAACGAGGGUCGUCCGCCCUACUGACCGCGCCCCCCCCGCCCUGUCAUCGGUCCAGGCCUUCCACCCGCCCCUAGCGGUCCGCGCGCGCCCACAGCACCUCCCCGUUGCGGCCAG